GCGACCGCGGCCGCGGACAGGGCAGGGUCCCGGUCAUGGCCUCCAUGGCGGCGGCGAUCGCGGCCUCGCGCUCGGCGGUCAUGAACGGGAACCGGCCUCUGGACGACAAGGAGCGGAAGCGCUUCACCUACUUCUCGUCGCUGAGCCCCAUGGCCAGGAAGAUCAUGCAGGACAAGGAGAAGAUCCGCGAGAAGUACGGGCCCGAGUGGGAGCGGCUGCCCCCCGCGCAGCAGGACGAGAUCAUCGACCGGCACCUGGUGGGCCCGCACGUCCAGGCCCGCUACGCGGCACACCGCGCCGGCGCCCGAGACCCCGCGCCCGGCCUCCCCGGCCCCCGCGGGCCCACGGGCCAGAAGAUCGUGCACUUCGGGGACGAGGACAUAACUUGGCAAGACGAGCACUCGGCCCCUUUCUCCUGGGAAACAAGGAGUCAGAUGGAGUUCAGCAUCUCCUCUUUGUCAGUCCAAGACCUGGGCAAUGCCACUCAGGCCCUCAAGUCCUCCCAGGGCAACAAGCAACCUGUCCCAGAAGUCCUGGGGGCCUUGCGGAAGGAGGAGGAAGCCACCUUCUGGAAGAUCAAUGCUGAGCGGUCCCGGGGUGAUGGGCCUGAGGCAGAGUUCCAGUCUCUGACCCCCAGCCAGAUCAAGUCUAUGGAGAAGGGGGAGAAGGUUGUGCCUGCCUGCCAUCGGCAGGAGCCUGCCCUGAAGGACAGGGAGACCCAGGCUGAGUGGCCCAGCGGCCCACGGCAGGAGCCAUGCGACCUCUCUAGCCUGGGGGCUGAGCACGAGAGACCUCUGCUCAUGCAAGCAUCCGCCAGCCCACCUAGGGAGGCUGGCCCCACCGAGCCUGAGAGGAAGCUGCCUGCCCCUGACACCAUCCAGCAGGACGAGGACGAUGCUCUGUUCUCGGAGCCCACGCCUACACAGGUCAGCUCCAGCAGUGUCGUCUUGAAGACGGGAUUUGAUUUUCUGGACAAUUGGUAAAAUGAGCUAGAAGAGAAAAAAAUGAAUAAAUAAAACCAAGAACUCCCAAAUGUUUUCCAAAGUGGUGUGGUGGUAGAGGAUGAAAAGGCAACAUUUUUCUUGUGUAUUUCCCUGAUUUCUGUACACUCUUUUCUUAAUCAUUGGGGAAUUGUUAAAUAUGGUCUUUUCCUUUUUUGGUAAGACCAGAUAUAUAUGCCAUUUUCCAUGAUUUGAUAACAGCACUUUUACAUUUGGAAUUUUUAAAGACUAUUUGGCACUCAGUCAAUAUUGUAAAUAAAAUUCCUGUUCCCGGCUCCACCCGGUUUUUCCCCUCCUCAAAGAAAGAGUUUUCUUAGCCAUGUCACAGAAAUCAUAAACAUGGUCUCCGUCUCCUUCUCUUUUAUCCCCCCUUUGACGGAUGGGGUUGACUUUGAUGGGGUAAUUGACGGUGAUGUCCUCAGCAUCAUGACAUCAAUAUCCUGGCUGUUAACCAUAGAAUGAUUUGCCUCCAAUGAAGUUCUCAGUGAUGCUCUGCCUGUCCAGAGGUUCUCUUUCUGAAGCCACACUUUUCAUAUUCUGUGCCACACGCCACCCUUAUGGCAUUUCUCAGAUUUAGAUGGUUGGCACCUGGUAAAGCUCAUCCUUAAUCUGCCCUAAUACAUAUUGAAACUGUUGAUCAUUGUUUUAAAAAAGUUGCAUGUUUAAAAGUUUUGUAUUAACACUUCAUUAUUUUGUAUCUAGAUUUAGCAGCCAUGGGGCUACCACUUUUCUUGUUUUAUACCAAUGUCCUUUAGGAAAUUCUUUGUUACUUCUGUGACCUGUUGGUUAUUUCCGUACUGGGCGUCGACAGGAGAAAGGGCCAAUGGCAGGCAUUGCUGGAGGAAAGAGCUGGCUUCUGAUGAGUUGGGUUUGAACCUUUCAGUGUGAGACUGGCAGGUGGAGGCAAUGUCCUUCACCCCAAGGACUGGUCAGCCUGUGAUGGAUCCUCUUCCACCCUGACCACUACUGGAAGUGCAAAAGCAAGUGUCUGCAUCCCUGGUGGCGUGCCCCUGGAGACCUCGGUGGUGUCAAAGUGAGGGUGUCCCUUGGACCUGGACUUUGCCCUGCACUGUGUUCCUUGCUGCUCCGGUGACCUCUGACUGUGGCUGGAGACUCCAGGGCUUCCUAGUGGAGCAGAUGGACCAUGUUCCGAGUAGGUGGAGAGUAUGACCUUCCCUCAGGAAGCUGCCCACAUGGUGUCCCCGACCAGUGCACCUGAGCUACAUGGCGUGCAGGAGGCGCUGGGCAGAGCCAUUGUCCCCAGUACAGCAUGACUUAACACGUCUCCUCUCACUGCGUUCUCACCUGAAGCCUUAAUUCCUUUGAACCCUUGCCAGUAAGCAUUUGGUUUCAAUACCAUGGUGGGUUUUGUUUUUUUUUUUUUAAAUGUUUUUCUGUGUUAUAGGACCUUCUACAAUGAUUUCCAGAAUAUUUUAUCUGGCUCCAGGGUAAAGCACAUGGCAACUUUAUUUUUUUCAAGGAAAGUUUCUGCCAAAGCUGUGGCUCAGCCAACUUUUGGGUUGGCUCCUGCCAAUUGCUUUAUGUCCCUUAACCUCACUUGGCCCCCUGGGGUCUUGGGUUUUACAUUUCUCCUUCAGCGACUGACUAUAACUUGGCAAAUACAGGUUCUUUCUGUACUGUUUGAGCAUAGUUGAUAUAUACAAGGGGGAGGGAGGGGAAGUUUCCCGAGUUGCAAUGAGGGGAAAGGGGCUUCGGAUCCCAGCUGGAACUGCACAAGCAGGAUGCUUGCUCCCCUCUUGGGUUGCAGCCUCAGGGAUGGGCUCGCAGCCUGCCCUGCCCUCCAAUCUCAGCCUCGUGGCCAACGAGGUGCUACACUACACAGUCCAGCCUAGAAUUUGGGGCUUCCUUUUUUUUUUUUUUUAAGAUAUGUAGAUGUGAGCUUAUGUUCCUUGGUGUUUUUGUAGCAGGAAAGACAGGUUUAUGUCCUUGGACAGUUGGUCCAAGAUGAUCUGUGUGUUCUCUUGGGAGACAAAUUUAAUUUCUUUCCAACUUUCUCAUAAAGCCCAGUAUUCCCUUAAAGUUCUUCUGGGAGCUUAGGGGGUGUGGGCAUUGUUGAAAGCUUCUGCCAUGUUUAGUAGCACCUAGGGGCAGUGUCCACCAGUGUUUAGUUAUCUUUCAUAAUAUUUUUUAAAAGUUUUUUUUAAUAGUAUAGCCUCCCAGGAUUGAAUGUAAAAAUUAGCAACUGGGGAAUCACGGACAGCAUCCUAAGCCUUGUGUUGCUUUGCUCCAGUUUCAGAAGUAAUGAAAGUAAUGGCAUCCCAGGGGGAUGAAGGACUGGGGCGACUUGCUCCCAGGACUGUCCAUUCCUCCUGACCUGUGAGAUCCUCCUCCAAACCCUGGGCAAAGUCUAAGCAAAAGUAGUUUCUUUCCCCUUUCUCUUGGGGAUCUAUGUUCAGUGUGCCCAAGUAGAGGAAAGUUAAGCUUCUACAUUUGUCCCUUUCUUUUCCAUGCAUCAAGAGUUUAUAUUUGUUGGGAAAAAGAAUACACACUUUUCAGCUAAAGCCUGUAUGUAGUUUCGGAUCCCGCCCCACCCCCACCCCAUUCUUUGCACCUGAGAUUCAGAGCCCUGCUUUGGAUGACUGCAUAUUACAAAACCUCCCCAAGGAAAUGAGAAACCAGUCUCUGCUCUCUCAGCCCGGGGAUUGGUCCCCUACCUUUGGGUCUCGGAGGCGGCCCCCAUUGGGCGGUGCUAUGGUCACCCUGCCCACCUCUGUCCCCCUGGAUGUCAGAGCAGCUGCCACUGAGGUUGAAUAUGCUGCCCUUUCUUUGAUACAUGUUUUCAAAAACUAUAAAUUCUUACUGACAACUUGUAACUUGGUCAUAUUUUAUAUUAAUAACCUUUAAUAAAGCCAUUUAAAAUAUG